AUGAAGACUCUAAUACUUGCAGUAGUAAUUUGUUAUAGUGGCUCUUAAAUGUUAAGAGGUUCCUCAAAGUCUUUAAUUGAAGAAGAACAAGGUAAUGAUGAACGAUUAAUUGACAGCAAUAUUUCAAAGUGAAUAAGAGGAUUAAAUGUUUUAUGUUGGGAAUAGUGAUGUUUCAGCAGAGACUCUUUAAGGCGAGGAGAACGUAAACGCAGAAGCAAGCUUGGCAGUAUUCAAAAGUGAUGAUACUCCUAUGGUGUAUGUUGAAGAGUCAACUGAAUCAAGUAAUUUAUAUUGAAAAUAAAUGCAAAGCCUAGAAUCAAAAUUUUGAGUAAUAGGAAUCAUUGAAGAUUGAGAAGGUGGAUGAUGAGAUCUAGUAUAAUUUUACAAUAGAUAAUAAAGAGCAUAAGAAUUGCCUGAAGCAACAAAUGAUUAAGCUAAUUUUGUCGAUAGAGCAAUAGUUUUGGACCCAGAAUAAGACUAAUAAUCCUCAGAGAAUAGCUAAACUGAUGUUGUUUUGAACAUUGCUCCCAAGACAGAGUCAUUAGGUAGUUCUGAGGCAACCAAAAAACAUAUUUAUGUUUAUAAUCGUAUGUCUGACUCUUAAAAACUUAGCUUUGGCUAAGAAGCCGUUUGUUGGGAUUAAGUACCCACCUAUGCCAGUGACAAAGGAUCGUAAUUAUCUGUCAAACUCUGAAAGUCUGACUAUCAAGUUGCCUGCAUGGUCUGAGCAAAGUAAUCACAGAGUUGAAGAUGAUUUAGAAUUCUUCCAAUUUAUUAGACGUAUUCAGCCUUAUAUAAAGUAGCAUCUGAUGUAUCAGUUAAUGAAUAUUGA